AUGACUACCUUUCAUAGGAGCGAUUAUGAUGAAGUUGUAUUGGAGGAAGAAGAAGAUGUUGAGAAUGAUGAAGAAGAAGAUGUUGAGAAUGUUGAGGAUGUUGAGGUUGGUGCAAGAGUUGAAGAACAAGAUGUUGAGGUUGGUGCAAGGGUUGAAGAACAGAAUGUUGAAGGAGAUGAUAAUGAUGAUUGGCUAUAUGAAGGCCUAGAGGGGGAGGACUUUGGUGAUAACAUAUUUGCUGCUCCAAACUCAGUUCCACAAGGUUUUGCUCUAGAAUCAAGUGAUGCUCUCGAUAUAGCCUCAGAAUUAAGCAAUGCACCCCACGCAGCCCUUGAAUCAAGCAAUGCACCUCAUGCAGCCCCUGAGUGGGCUGAGCCAGCUUUUGAGGAUGACCUAGUAAGCAUGGAUGAGUCUGAUGAUGAGUAG